GACAUAACAGAAAAAUCCCAGUACGGCAGGAAAAGAACAAGGCCUACCGCUUCAAUGAAAUUCUCCAAGCACCGCCACUCCCUGUCCCGUACCCUCGGGUCUAUCAGGUCUAGUUAUCGUCCGCAUCAGCGAACGAAUCCUCCGUGCUAGCUCUUCUUCAGCAACCAAAGAGAACUUAACAAAGAAACAGAGAGAAUAAAUUUGAUCAAGGAAGCUAAAGCCUGGAGUGGUUCUUUUAAUCCUGAUCGUAAGGUACACAUUCUGCCUGUGCAUUGAAGAGUGGGGAUCUUUCACAAUAGACUUAUAUUUGAGAAAGUUAGGUAAAUUUUUGUCAUCAAUAUUGUGUGGGAAAUCGUGGAUCAUUUAUCAUGGGAGCUGUAGAAAAUGCCUUAGACAACACAGAACAUCGACUACCAGGAGAAGCAGUGGAGAUUUUAAAAUCAUUGGCUGCCAAUUGGGGGGAUGUACUUGACCCAAAUGAGCUGCAGGUUAUCCGUCUUAAGGGUGCAAUGACGAAUCAGGUUUUCCAGAUAAAGUGGCCCACGAAGACGGAGGAUGUAUCAAGAAAAGUUAUUUUUAGGAUCUAUGGGGAGGGUGUGGAAGUGUUCUUUGACCGAGAUGAUGAGAUCCGGACAUUUGAAUUCAUGUCAAAGCAUGGGCAGGGACCUCGUCUUCUUGGUCGGUUCCCGAAUGGGCGUAUUGAAGAGUUCAUCCAUGCUCGGACACUAUCAGCAUCUGAUCUUCGUGACACAGAAAUAUCUUCUCUUAUAGCGUCUAAAAUGAAGGAAUUUCAUGAUCUUGAUAUGCCAGGCCAAAAGAAUGUCCGCCUGUGGGAGAGAUUACGAAAUUGGCUUCGUGUGGCUAAGAGUUUGUCUCUCCCUGAAGAAGCUGAAGCCUUUUGUUUGGAUAACAUAGAGGAGGAGAUCCCUAUAUUGGAGGAGGAGUUUUCACAGGCUUAUCAAUGUAUAGGUUUUUGCCACAAUGAUUUGCAGUAUGGCAACAUAAUGAUUGAUGAAGAGACCAAUUCUAUAACCAUCAUUGAUUAUGAGUAUGCAAGUUAUAAUCCUGUUGCGUUUGACAUAGCAAAUCAUUUUUGUGAGAUGGCUGCUGACUAUCAUACAGAAACACCUCAUAUUCUGGACUUCAACAAAUAUCCUGGUUUGGAGGAGCGUCAAAGAUUUGUGCGCACAUAUUUGAGUUUUUCAGGUAAUGAACGUAGUGAGAAUGAAGUGGAGCUGUUGCUUCAAGAUGUUGAGAAGUAUACUCUAGUGAGCCAUCUUUUUUGGGGCUUAUGGGGAAUAAUAUCGGAACAUGUGAAUGAAAUCGACUUCGCUUUCAUUGAAUAUGCAAGACAGAGGUUUCAACAAUACUGGUCAAGGAGGCCUGCUCUAUUGGGCUCUGUUGGAGCUUCCUCUGAAAGUGUGACUGAUGGCAGCUGUGCUACCUAGCUCUCUUUAUUACUACUACAUUGUGUAUAUACAGUUACUUUCAGGACCAAAUACAUUUCAAGGAUCUCAAGUAUGAUGUUAAAGCGUUAAAUUGGAAGAGUUAGCUGUUUUUGUCACAUCACACAAUUUACGCAUUUGUUUCAUUGCUUUUAGAGUUAUAAACAUGUAAUUUUUGUAUUUUCUUGCUAUGACAAUUAUAUUUGAUGAAGAGUUGUGGUCC